AUGUCAGCGAUAAAGGGGCGCGAACCACGCGUCAGCCACGCGGGCAACAAUAACAAGGUCUUUUGUUUCGACAAGGCGCCGAAAAUGAAAGUUUAGGCUCUAGGCUUUUAUUUUCAUAGACCUGCCCCGAAAGGGCCACAGAAUGGAAAAUUCAAGGGUCUUGUACGAUUUUACAGACGAACACGGCGCGAGCUUGGCUCUUCGCGAGAUGAACAUUUUGCGAAUGGAGAACUGUUUCUGCGAUGUGGUUCUAUCAACGGAAGAAGGAGAGGAGUUCAAUGCUCAUCGGCUCGUUUUGGCCUCUGUGAGCGCGUACUUUCGAGCAAUGUUUUUAACAGACAUGAAAGAAAGCCAUGAAACAAACAUCACAAUAAGAGGAGUAGAAUCACAGGCUUUGAAAUCCUUAAUUGAUUUUGCCUACACUUCGACAUUAAGAAUCACUUUCUCUAACGUCCAUUCCUUGCUUUCAGCGGCUAGCCUACUUCAGUUUCUAACGGUGGAAAACGCUUGCUACGAUUUUCUCAGAAAUAGCAUCAACACCAACAACUGCCUCGAUAUUUGGAACUUGGCCGAUCUGCACGACUGCACAGAACUUCUGGAUCUAGCGGAGAACUUCAUUCGCUCCAACUUUGUGGCAGUUCUCAAACUGGGGGAUUUUAAUUCUCUAACGGCGAAACAAAUUGUGAAAUUGUUUUGUCACGACAAACUCAAUGUCCCGUGUGAAAGUGUCGUACUCUUCGGAGCACUGGAGUGGGUCAAGUACGAUUUGACCAAUCGGCUCACAAAUCUCGAAGAAUUAUUGACCCAUGUCCGAUUUCCUUUGAUGACUCGGAAAUUUUUGAUGGACACGGCCGCAAGAGAGGAGCUUAUCAUGAGCAGUUCAGCGUGCCGACAAUUUGUUCUAGAGGCGAUAGAUUAUCAUCUGAUCCCUGAGCGAAGGACAAAGAAUCGAAUCACGCGGGCGAUCCCGCGGGAAAGGCUCAGCCGACUGCUCUAUGUGGUUGGAGGUGAAGAAAACCGCAAAGUCCUAAACAAUGUGGAGUACUUUGACUUCAACGAGAAGAAAUGGCGCGUCAUUGCACCCAUGAUCAUUCCACGAAAGUUUGCUGGCUCAGUGAUACUUGAUGGCCAAUUGUAUGCUGUUGGAGGAAUUAACAGAGAAUACGCUGACCUGGUGACCGUCGAAAGUUAUAAUCCCUGUGUGGGGCAAUGGACAUCUGUUGCGUCACUCAAUAAAUGCAAAGGUUCUUUAGCAGUGUCCGUUCUGGAGGGUUGGCUGUACGCUGCUGGAGGAUCACACAAUGGUUCCGCUCUCAAGAGCGUGGAGCGUUACGAUCCGAUCAAGAACGAAUGGACUCAGGUAGCCAAUAUGCGCCUUCCUAGGAGCCGCUUUGGAAUGGCACCUCUGCAUGGGCGCCUGUACGCCGUUGGCGGGUACUGUGGGAUUUCCGAAAUCGAACAUGUGGAAUGUUAUGAUCCAAUGACAAAUAAGUGGUCCGAUAUGAGCAGUAUGAACAAGUCCCGGAUGAACCACGCUGUGGUGACAUUCAGUGAUCGUAUUUACGUUGUGGGGGGCAGUAACAGUGUUGGAAUCCUAGAUUCCAUAGAGAAAUACAAUCCUGACUUAAAUUUAUGGCUGAUAAUCCGCAACACGAUGGAUCCGCGCAGCGGAGCAGGAGCCGCUGUGGUGUUGGGUGGAGAGGAGGGUGCGCAAGAACUUUUUAUCAUCGGUGGUCACGACACCCACAAUAGAGAUACGAAUUCUGUGAAAAAGUUGAAUCUGAAGUUUGCUGAUUACACGACAGCAAAUGCACCAUGCAUGAAUUAUCCUCGCGUACACGCUGCAGUAGCGUGCGCUUAGUAAGUCAACGUCCGUUCACAGUGGGCGUGUGAAAGAUCUAAGAGAAAGGAGGAGGUGGCCCAUUUGGAAUCUGUUGGCGAUCUUUUUCACUCUUUUGCGCUCCGGCCAAGAUGACUGGGAACCAAUGCAAUGUCUGCAAUUUUCUCCGCGUUAACCUACGUCAUAAACAAUUAAAGAAACCAAAUAAUUUCAAAGUAAUUAUGUGUCGAGUCAAACAGAGAGGUACACGGUGUAUGGAUAUUUCGUAUGGGUCCCUAUGAGCACUUGAUGCGCUCACGUAAUUUUUUAUUUGACUGAAGGUUGCAGUUCUGCGGUGUUUUUAAGAAGAGGAAACUCCUAACGUCGUUCGAGCAGUAGAUAGUGACUGUGCUAGAACAGAUAGAUUCAAUUCAUUACUAAAUCUAUUAGUGACGAACACAAGUAAUUUUAACCAUCGCUGCUCACCAAUCAGAAAAGAGAUAACCAAAGUUAUAGAACUGACUCUUUACCAAAUUGUUGUGAGGCCUGGGUAUUACGGUAAGGUAGGCGGGAAGGAUUUACUAUAUUUCCUGAUAUAAUAUUGGUGACUUUUUAAUUAUUUGAAAUAGUUUCGGUCAAAUAAGGAGGUUGGUUUUCUUCCGUGCCAAACAUAAUCCUAACAAAAAGGAAAAAGCAGAAACUGCACUCUACUCAUUUUAAUCACCAUUUUAUUAAAACCAUUUUGAAAUCGCAAA